AUAAGCCCUGCUAUUGUCUUACUGCUACAGCAGGGCUGGGGAUUGCAGUAUCCGCUGUAGCUGCUGCUACCUAGCCCUGCCUCACUGCAUCUCCGAGAGAGCCACGUCGGCCUGCCUUUGCCUGCUGGAUUUCUACAAGCAGCUCUUUGGGGUUCGGCUCUAUAGGAGACCUUGCUUUUCAAUCACUCGGGAGAAAGCUGAAGCUCGCAAGAGAAGAAUCUGGCAGUUGGACACGGCUUGGACCGCAUUGUCUGGCUUCAUGACCCCCGCUGUGUAGGCGCUCAUCUCUCACAAGUGCUCUCUCCUCGCCGUUUCUUCUUUUUUUUCUCCUCCUCUCUCCCUCUCUCUCUCUCUCUUUUUUUUGCAAAGCAGCAUCUGGAGCCAGCCAUGUUUGGCACUGAAUCUUCCUUGAGCAUGUUUCUGAAUACAUUAACACCGAAGUUCUACGUGGCCCUGACAGGCACUUCUUCAUUAAUAUCAGGGCUUAUUUUGAUAUUUGAAUGGUGGUAUUUUCGCAAGUAUGGAACAUCGUUCAUUGAACAAGUCUCAGUGAGCCACUUGCGCCCCCUUCUGGGAGGGGUUGACAACAACUCCUCCAACAAUUCUAACUCCAGUAAUGGGGACUCUGAUUCCAACAGGCAAAGUGUCUCAGAAUGCAAAGUGUGGCGGAACCCGCUAAAUUUGUUUAGGGGCGCGGAAUAUAAUCGGUACACGUGGGUGACGGGACGGGAGCCCCUGACGUACUAUGACAUGAAUCUCUCUGCUCAGGACCAUCAGACGUUCUUCACGUGCGACAGCGACCACCUGCGACCAGCAGAUGCAAUAAUGCAGAAAGCCUGGCGAGAGCGAAACCCCCAAGCUAGGAUUUCGGCGGCGCAUGAAGCCUUGGAGAUAAAUGAGUGUGCAACUGCUUACAUUCUGUUGGCUGAAGAGGAAGCAACAACCAUUGCUGAAGCAGAGAAGCUCUUUAAGCAGGCCCUGAAGGCUGGAGAUGGCUGUUACCGGCGUUCCCAGCAGCUACAGCAUCACGGGUCCCAGUAUGAAGCACAACACAGACGAGACACCAAUGUCUUGGUCUACAUCAAAAGAAGGCUGGCAAUGUGUGCCCGAAGACUCGGGAGGACCAGGGAAGCCGUGAAAAUGAUGAGAGAUUUAAUGAAGGAAUUCCCUCUCCUGAGCAUGUUCAAUAUCCAUGAAAAUCUCUUAGAAGCCCUCCUGGAGCUCCAAGCAUAUGCCGAUGUCCAGGCCGUCUUGGCCAAGUACGAUGACAUCAGCUUACCAAAGUCGGCGACCAUAUGCUACACAGCUGCCUUACUCAAAGCACGAGCUGUCUCCGACAAGUUCUCUCCCGAGGCUGCUUCGCGGCGGGGGCUGAGCACAGCAGAGAUGAACGCGGUGGAGGCCAUUCACAGAGCUGUGGAGUUCAACCCUCACGUGCCAAAAUACCUACUAGAAAUGAAAAGCUUAAUCCUGCCCCCAGAACAUAUCCUGAAGCGAGGAGACAGUGAAGCAAUAGCCUAUGCCUUCUUUCAUCUCUCCCACUGGAAGAGGGUGGAAGGGGCUCUGAAUCUUUUGCACUGUACGUGGGAAGGCACUUUCCGGAUGAUCCCUUAUCCCUUGGAAAAGGGGCACCUAUUUUACCCUUACCCCAUCUGUACAGAAACGGCAGACAGAGAACUGCUCCCAUCUUUCCAUGAAGUCUCAGUUUACCCAAAGAAGGAGCUCCCCUUCUUUAUCCUCUUCACCGCUGGACUGUGUUCCUUCACAGCCAUGCUGGCCCUCCUGACCCAUCAGUUCCCGGAGCUCAUGGGGGUCUUUGCAAAAGCUUUCCUCAGCACCUUGUUUGCCCCCUUAAACUUCGUCAUGGAGAAAGUGGAGAACAUCUUGCCUUCCAGCCUGUGGCACCAGCUGACGCGGGUCUAAGGACAGCCGGCUCGCCUCUCCGUGCCAACGCCCUGCCCUCCGAGGCAAGCAUGACUUUGAAAAAGGGAAGCCAUUCCGAGACUCAGCACCAUUGAUGGACUGUCUGUUCCACAUUAAAAGCCGUUUUUGUUGUACAAAAUCCAUUGAUGUUCAGUUUUAUUAUAUUUUGUCUUCAGAAAAUUUUAAAAAAAGUCAAAAAUAAACCUUUGUGUAUUGCAGCAA